GCGCGGCGGCAGCCGCGGCCGGCGGGUGCGCCAUGGUGCGGCCGUGAGCAGAGCAUGGGGCGGCGGCUCCUCCGGGCGCUCCUCUGCCUCCUCCUCCUGGCCGGCCGCGGGCAGCUGCGUGACGGCGUCGCCGCCGCCACCGCCGCACACGGCUGCCUGUUUGACCGAAGGCUGUGCUCCCCCCAGGAGGUGUGUGUGCAGGAUGGGCUGUUUGGGCAAUGCCAGGUGGGCUCCGUGCAGGACAGGCCCUACUUUCAGAUCACAUCUCCUGUGCUCCAGCGUCUGCAGGAUGUCUUGCGGCAUCUCAUGGCACAAGGGCUCUCGUGGCAGGAUGGCAUCACCCAGUAUGUGAUCUCUCAGGAGAUGGAGCGCAUCCCCCGCCUCCGCCUGCCACCCUCGCUGGAGCCGGUGCCCAGGGACAGGUUCCUGCCCCGGCGAGCCCCGCUAGCCCCAGACCCCGGCCUGCCAGCAGCUCAGCACUUGGAGCAGCCCCCAGCACUGCUGCUUUCCCCUCUGGUGCAGCGGUACCUGGAGCACGUCCUGCUGCCCUCCCCACCCCAGCUGGGCUACGAGGAGGCUCUGCUCCAUCCCUACUCCUACCACAAGUUCGGCUAUCAGGAUGGUGCUCACCAGCAUCCCAGCGGCUCAGCCAGGCAGAGCUCUGAGACCUCCUCGCUGCUGGGCCGGGUCCCUGCCCAGACCCUUUUUGGGGCUGGCCCUGUGCCCUCCUAUGGCGGGCAGCCAGGAGUGGAUGGGGGGCAUCUUUUCCAGGACUUGGGCAUGCUUUCCCUGCCCAGAGAGAAAGCUGGCCGCCCGGACCCCGCCAGCACCAGGCUUCAGCACAGCCUGCGGCUCCCCAGUGACUACAGAAACAUAGAGGAGAGGGAGCAGCAAGCACCCCUGGCUGCCCAGCCACCCUCUGCACAGACGGAUGCUGCCCUGAAGAGACUGGCUUCUCUCCUGGCCAGCUAUGGCCUGGGGCUGCCAGAACUGAGUCCUCAGCAGAUUAGCAGCCUCUCCACUCUCCUCCAGCUGCUCCAGAGCUCUGGUGUUGCUGGCCCUGAAGUGCCCACAGCGAAACGGGUGGGUUUGCAGCAGGGUGAUGCUGGAGGAGGUGCCAUGGCACAGGUGAUGGAGGGGGACAUGCAGCAUGGAGAGGAGCCAGUGCCCCCUUCUUCCACAGCGCCACCCCCCAAAAUCCCAGCCAGCAGCUCCCCAGGGGACGGAACGAAGGGCAGGGCAGCAUCCUCACCAGCUCCCCCGGCUGAGCCACAGCAGGGACACAGUGGGGAUGCACCCAGCCCCGGAAAGAACAUUGUGGUGGAGAAGAAGAGCUACACAGAGAUGAAGGGCAGUGGGGCACAACAGGGCAUGCGGCCACUAGACGAGUAUGGCUACAUCGUCACAGACCAGAAGCCCCUGGGGCUGGCUGCUGGUGUGCAGCUGCUGGAGCUCCUAGCCAAGCACCUCCACCUCUCCACCGCCAGCUUCAUCAACAUCAGUGUUGUGGGUCCUGCACUGACCUUCCGCAUCCGGCAGAACCCCCAGAACUUUUCACUGGCAGACGUGGCCAGCCAGACUGAACAAGUGAAGGGAGAGCUGGAGCACGAGCUGGGCCUGAAGAUUGUGCAAACAGGAGUGGGAGAGCGAAAUGAGGCUGCUGCCUACUCACGCCCGUCCCGCUUCGGGGACGGCUUCCACUCGGUGCUGCUGACCUUCAUCGCCCUGGCCUGCGUGGCCGUCAUCGCCAUCGCCGUGUCUGCGGCCCUCUGCCUCCGGCGGCACGCCAAGCAGCGGGAGAAGGAGCGCCUGGCUGCCCUGGGGCCUGAGGGCGCUGCUGACACCACCUUCGAGUACCAGGAGCUGUGCCGCCAGCACAUGGCCGCCAAGUCUCUCUUUGGCCGCGCUGACACACCGGCGGCACCAGCGGAGACUUCGAGGGUCAGCAGCGUCUCGUCCCAGUUCAGCGACGCGCCGCAGCCCAGCCCCAGCUCCCACAGCAGCACUCCCUCCUGGUGCGAGGAGCCCGUCCAGUCCAACAUGGACAUCUCCACCGGACACAUGAUCCUGGCCUACAUGGAGGACCACCUCCGCAACCGGGACCGGCUGGCCAAGGAGUGGCAGGCGCUCUGUGCCUACCAGGCUGAGCCCAGCAUCUGCUCCAUUGCCCAGAGUGAAGCCAACCUGAAGAAGAACCGCAACCCUGACUAUGUGCCCUAUGAUCACGUGCGGAUCAAGCUGAAAGCAGAGAGCAACCCAUCCCGCAGUGACUUCAUCAAUGCCAGUCCAAUCAUUGAGCAUGACCCACGGAUGCCAGCGUACAUUGCCACGCAGGGGCCGCUGUCCCACACUAUUGCUGACUUCUGGCAGAUGGUGUGGGAACAUGGCUGCACUGUCAUUGUCAUGCUGAGCCCCCUGGCCGAGGACAGUGUCAAGCAGUGUGACCGCUACUGGCCAGAUGAAGGCUCCUCUCUUUACCACAUUUAUGAGGUGAACCUGGUGUCAGAACACAUCUGGUGCGAGGAUUUCCUGGUGCGCAGCUUCUACCUGAAAAAUGUGCAGUCGCAGGAGACCCGCACCCUGACGCAGUUCCACUUCCUCAGCUGGCCUGCCGAGGGCAUCCCCACCACCACCCGGCCCCUCCUCGACUUCCGCAGGAAGGUGAACAAGUGCUACCGGGGUCGCUCCUGCCCUAUUAUCGUGCACUGCAGUGAUGGUGCAGGCAGGACUGGAACAUACAUCCUUGUCGACAUGGUCCUGAACCGAAUGGCCAAAGGGGUGAAGGAGAUAGACAUAGCUGCUACGCUGGAGCAUAUCCGAGAUCAGCGGCCUGGUAUGGUGCAGACCAAGGACCAGUUUGAGUUUGCACUGACGGCUGUGGCCGAGGAAGUGAACGCCAUCCUGAAGGCACUGCCGCAGUGAUGGCAAGGAGCCCUCCCUGCCCCUCGUGUCUGCUCCCAGCCCUGCGCUUCGCACUCUCCUCACCGGCCUCUGGGGCUGCUCUCCCUGUGAAAUGGUGUCUGUGCUUCUGGUUCUGCUCCCCUGCCCCCAGGCGCCCCUUCCCAUCUCCCCAAGGACACUGACCUCAGGCUCUCUGUGUGCAGGAACCCCAUCACACCCACUGUCACCUCAGAGGGGACAGGACUUGUGGCCCUUAAGCCCUGUGGAGAGGGACACCAGGUGGUGCUGCUGGGAACUGGCAGGGGGACUCCCCAACCUGUCAGUUCUGUGUUAGCCCUCUUCCUGUACCCAUGUGGGGGGCAGAAGUGGGGGCAGGGGUCCUCCACAGUUAGGGGGAGCAUGGGGUGCAGGGGAGCCUGGCCCAGCCCCACUCCAGGUCCCCUUUGUGUGCUCCCUGCCUAGUCACUCAAGCAGAAGAAAAAUUUCUAGAGAACUAUAAUUUUGUAUCUUGAUGUGAAUAAAGUUCUUGUGUCAGGUUCGUGCAGCUGCA